AUGCAGCUUUUGCGUCGAACACUUGAUGAACUGUCUACACCACUAAUCAAAGACGAGAUUAAUGAGUUCUACAGAUAUCUUUCUACGACGUACUUGAAUGACGAUGCUAAAUUCCCUCCUAGUUCAUGGGCCCUUGCAUUAUCGAUAGGAGCGAGGAAUGGUUCAAAAUUCUUGACUAAUAACAGUCUUGAAAUCAUGAACUCAUCCCUGGUGGAUCAAGGAAUCAACAAUGCGACAGAGCUAUCUACGGUCAUCUCCAUUGCUAAUGGCUUUAAAAGUGAAAGCUUCAGUACGGAAAUUGCUAAGCUUGAGAGCAACAGCCAGCAAAGUACUAAAAAUGACAGAUUGUGCGCCUUAGUUGCGGUUGUACGCUACGAGCAGCUAGCAAGAUUUGACAAAAAAUGCGCAGAAAAUGGCUCAAUCGAAGAAGCAAUUGUUUCUGUCGGCUUCGGCUUGAUGAGGGCCAGAUCAAAGGCCGAGUCAUUGAAAUCUACUCAGAAACUCCGACAUUUUAUCAACAACGCCACGCAACCAGAAACUGCUGUAUUUCAAAAUUUGAUUAAAGAAUCAACAGCUGACUCAUACCAGUUUCAAGAAGCAAUGCCUGUGAUGUCCCCAGUUCGCGAUGAGCAAGAAACAGCUGGUGAGCAAGUUGACCCAGAUCCUUUCGCUCAGCAAGGAGGAGAAUUCGAUUUGAGAAGAGUUGCGGCGCCAAUCGCUCAGCCAGUUCAAAGAGUGGAAAGAAGAGUCGAUGAGGAGACGAGCAAUGAUGAAGUCGAUGUGCCAGCUGUUAUCCAUGAGUUCGACCCACCUCCAGUGGACUCUUUACCGUCGGACAAUGAGGAUCGUGAGCCUGAAAACUGUAAUAUAUCAAAAAUGUAA